CACGCGCACGCGCACGCUUUUGAAUUUUAAAAACACUUUUUUCACAAAUCAACAAAUUUACCGCCGCUACGAAGAGCUGAUCCCGGAGCUGAUCCCGAGUCCGAGCACGUGUUUGGAGACUUUUAACCGCGCUGGCGGCUCCUGAGCGGAACAGUUUGGAGAAAGAGAGAUAUUUGGCUGUAUUUUUAAAGAAAUAAGAUAGAAACUUGUCCCUGGCUAACCUGGUGGACGUGGUCAUGGAGGCAGUGAAGAGCGUGAGUCACGAGCAGGUGGUCAAACUGCUGCACAAUAAGUUUGUGGUGGUCCUGGGCGACUCCAUCCAGCGUGCUGUCUAUAAAGACCUGGUCCUGCUGCUGCAGACGGACAAGUACCUGAGCGUGCGUCAGCUACGCAGUAAGGGGGAGAUGAACUUCGAGCAGGACUGCCUGGUGGAGGGGGGCUGCCUCAGCUCUUUACACAAUGGGACAGCAUACAGGGAGGUGCGCCAGUACAAGUCGGACCACCACCUGAUCCGCUUCUACUUUGUCACUCGAGUCUACUCCCCCUACAUGAAGAGUAUCCUCAACGAUUUCCGCCGGGGACCCAAGCCCGACGUCGUCAUCAUCAAUUCCUGUGUGUGGGACAUCUCCAGGUAUAACCGUGAGUGGCAAGAGGACUAUAAGAAGAAUCUGCACCAGUUCUUUGAUGAACUGAAUGGUGUGCUGCCCGUGGAGAGCCUGGUCAUCUGGAACGUGACCAUGCCCCUGUCAGAGAAGAUCAAAGGAGGCUUUCUGGUGACAGAGAUUGAGCACCUAAUGCCUCGCCUGCGCUUAGAUGUGAUUGAGGCUAACUUCUUUAGUGGGACUUUAGCAGACGGUUACGGUCUGGACGUCCUGGACCUGCACUUCCAGUUCCGCUUCUCCCAGCAGCACCGCGCCAAAGACGGAGUGCACUGGAACGCCAUUGCCCACCGCAGGAUCAGCUGGUUAUUGCUGCAUCACAUGGCUGAUGCGUGGGGGGUGAUCCUGCCCUGCCCCCUGGUCUCUGUGGAAAAUCAUGACAAGCAGCAAGAACCUGAGAAGAAAUGCAAAACUCCAGGAAUCACUCCUAUUGCAGCUCCUAUCAACUUCCACUAUCCUCCGAGCAACUACUUAUCCAACUUUGGAGGAGGUGGGCUGCUUCCACUGCCCGCACUGCCCGCACUGCCCGCACUGUCCGCACUGCCCGCACUGCCAGCACUGCCAGCAUUGCCAGCAUUGCCCAAAGGGGGUGCUGCUCUGUACAGCAGGGAGGACUUUUGCAGUAACUCUCUGCCUCAGGGCCUCUUGAGUUUUAAAGAGCCACAUUACUUGCUCAAAGUUCAACCGCCCCGUCUACUGACACACCACAGCAGCAGGAGCAGUGACGGCACACACACAGACUGGUCCAGGCCCAGUGUCAGAACUGAGACUCUGGAGAAGAGACCGCAGUACAUCAUGAGAAGCCGCAAACGCCACCACCGCACCCCCUACAGCUACCAGCACCCCCAGCACCCACAGCACCCACAGCACCCACAGCACCCACAGCACUUCAUCCAACACUGCACCCGGGACCAAUACUGAGACUGCCUUUACGCUGAUCUACUACUACUACUACUACUGAGACUGUGUGUACUGACACUACUAUCUAGACCGCAUGUACUCUGCUACUGAUACUGCACACUACUACUGACAGUUCAUCUGUUCUGCCAUACACAGACUGAAGGGAAGCACCAUGCCUACAUUAUGUCCUUCUCUGUGCAGUUGUUUUAGUUGCAUGUUGUUUUACCUUUUUUAUUUGGUGUAAAGAGUUUGUUUCAACCUUGUUGUAUUUUACCUGUCUUUAACCUUUUAUUAAACAUGUUCUAAGACUUGCUGAGUAUGGAUGGAUUCUCUACAGAAAUGAAAUGUCUUUAUUGAGAUAGUACACUGUAGUAGGGCUG